ACGGUUUUUGUUUUCAUUGGCUGGUACUGCGAGUGUUUUAGAGAGGUGGCCAUAACAUCGUUGGUUUCUUUAUAAUUUGAUAUUGUCAAGAAGUUGACAGCCGCAAGUAUGCAAGCGGAAUCGGGUAUAGUUCCCGACUUUGAGGUUGGUGAAGAGUUUCAAGAGGAACCAAAAACGUAUUACGAAUUGAAGAGUCAGCCUUUGAAAAAAAACAGUAACCCGGCAGACCAGGCAUGCUCUUCCUCCAAGCCCCCGCUGGGCUCCUCGGCUGUGACCUCACGGAUCCUGCUGCGGCAGCAGUUGAUGCGCGAGCAGCUCCAGGAGCAGGAGCGGCGGGAGCAGCAGAGACGCCAGGCCUCCUCCGCCUCGCACUACCCCCAGACAACCGCCGGCCACGCCCACAGCCACACCCAGACGCCGGCCAUCGAUGUCAGUGUGCCCCCCAGCCUGCCGCCCGCAUCCCAGCUGCCCGUGGAGGUGCUCAAGGUACAAACACACCUGGAGAAUCCCACCAAGUACCACAUCCAGCAGGCUCAGCAGCAGCAGGUGAAGCGCUACCUGGGCAAGCUUUGCUCCCUGCCCUGCCCCAACCAGACCUGUGACCACGGCAUGCCUCCAGGGCCGGGCAACAGUGCCCCCAACAGCCCCAUGGCCUUACUCACCCUCAACUCCAACUUCGAGAAAGAGAUGGAUGAUGUCAUUGAUGACAUAAUUAGUCUGGAAUCGAGUUAUAACGAUGAUAUCCUUGGAUUAAUGGACCCAGGGCUUCAGAUGGCCAAUACGAUCGCUGCCAACACCAACCUCUUGGACAUAUAUGGUAACCAUGGAAUGCCCCCUCCAGGACUUGCCAUCAAUUCUUGUCCUGCCAACCUGUCCAACAUCAAAAGGGAAUACUCAGUUUCCCAGUCUCCAGCCAUUAUGCAUAUGCUGGACAAGGCUGGAUCUUGUGGCAAGUUUGAGAACUAUCAAAGGCCAGAAGGGUUCCCUGUAGAAGCAGAGGUCAGGGCAAUGGCAAAGGAAAGACAGAAGAAGGAUAACCAUAAUUUGAUUGAGAGAAGACGGAGGUUUAACAUUAAUGAUCGGAUCAAAGAAUUGGGGACCAUGAUUCCAAAAUCGAAUGAUCCGGACAUGCGCUGGAACAAGGGCACCAUUCUCAAGGCGUCCGUGGACUAUAUCCGAAAGCUGCAGCGGGAGCAGCUGAGGGCCAAGGAGCUGGAGAACCGGCAGAAGAAGCUGGAACACGCCAACAGACACCUGAUGCUGCGGAUACAGGAGUUGGAGAUGCAGGCUCGAGCCCACGGUCUGAACACCGCCUCGUCUGCUCUUUCUCCAGCAGAGCUCUCAGCCCGAGGCAUCAAGCAAGAGCCAGCCCUCGGAGACUGUCACCAGGAUCUGUACUCUGUCCAUCCCCAGCACCAACACCACCCGGCCUGCACUGCAGACCAGGCUCAGUCCAGCACCUUGGAGCUCAACGACGUAGCCUGUAGCUACACAGAGGGCCACGGCAGUGACCCGGGGCCUUAUAGCGCUCAUACUAAGAGAUCCGUGAAGCACAACGACAUCCUGAUGGACGACACCCUGUCACAGGUGGGAGCGGGAGACCCCCUGCUGUCCGCUGUCUCGCCCGGGGCCUCUAAGGACAGCAGCUGUUCUGGCAGCGUUAGCAUGGAAGAGAAUGACCAGAGCUGUUAGCACCCUCUGCUGUCUUCUCCAUCCACCUACAUCUCCAUCCUUUUUUCCUGUCAUACAUUGUGUUGGGGCCUCCUCAGAAAACUCCUGUCAGUAGCUAAAUUCAGCUAACCGCAUUUCUUUGGCGUUUACACAAUACAUAUAUUUAAUUUUUCAUAGCUAUUUUUGUUUUUGUUUAUUAUAUUGUGUUAUUGGGUUCUGAAAGCCGUCAAACUAAAUUUAUUGUAUUGAAUAUAAAUAACUUUUUAAGUUUUCAUUUUAAUAUAUCAUGGUUAGAGUCAGGGAGCAAUAUCUCACACAUACCUGUGCGAAAUCAUCAUGUUAAGGGUUCAUGUAAUAGUUAUAAAUCUUUAAUUGAACUCUUGAUAGGAUAUUGCUUUUACAUCCCCCAAAUAUGUAUUUACUUGGAAUUAGAGCAGAAAAUAGCACAUAUGCACAUUUGGUGCAGAAGACAAUGUCAGUCUACCAAUAUUGGUAGAAGUGCAAAAUAUAUCCAAUACAGGCAUAUUUUGCAUUGAGAUGAUACAUUUGAAAUGUAUUGCAGAAAAUCCUCAGAGAAAAGUGUUUCUAGCAAAGAAGUUGUCCGUUUCCUGUCGUCCAUUUCCUAAAUUAUUUGUUGUGGUACAUUUUUUUUUUUUUUUGCCUGUCUAUCCAUUUAUGUUUCAGAGAUAUUCAGGAUAUUCUUAUUCAAAGAUGUGAAUGUUUAUAUUGCCCGGAAUAUAAGGAGACUGCUGUGGGAUUUAUUUUUAUGUAGGACAUUGUUUAAACCCUGGAAUGACGUCCAUACAUUUAAAAUGGUUUGGUUGGUAACCAUUUUUUAAACAUGUACUAACUAUUAUAUUUGGGGUUUUCAAAUGCAUACAGUGUAUUGUAUGAUUGAUUGUAGAUAUCUUUUGUGGAUAUAAUAAGUAUUCUCCCUCUGGAUUUUUUUACAUUAUGUUGUGUUAGAAAGUGGGGAUAAUAAAACACCAAUAUACCUUCAUUAGAUAAGUUCUGAGUCGACCUCUGAGUCAAUACAUGUUAGAAACAACACUGGCAAUUCUUACAGCUGUAUGCCUUCUUGGGUAUGUAAGAGCUUUGCACACUUGAAUUUUACAAUAUUUGCACAUUAUUUUUGUAAAGUAUUUUUCAGACUCUGUCAAAAUGUGAGGAAUCAUGGCUAGACAGCAAUUGUAAAGUCGUGGACACUGGAAACAUUCACUGUUGCCAUGGUAUUGCGACUUUGGUUCAAAUCCUGCUGGCAGAUUAACCCAGGGGUCCUGUGGGGGGAGGUGCAGUUGGCCAGCAUUGUCCGGGUUUGGGGGGUGGGGGUGGGGUUAGUACUUUUGGUUGGUUGACCUGCCUGGUUGUGCUCUAGUAACUUUUUGUGACGGUUUGGGUGCCUCUGAGCUCAAUCCAGGUAGAAGGCUGGAGGGUGCGUUCCUUGCAGUAGGGUUUCUAAACCUUCUGAUAGAGCAAGCAGUACGAUAAGAGCCGGUAUGGCAUCAGAUGUGCUUUGGAAGACAUAUCUCAACAUCAACUGUCCUGAGUCUGCAGGGAGUUGCCAUGAGGAAGCAGGACCUCAAUCAUGAAUUGGAUAUCACUAAGUAGGGGAGAAAGCAGAUUAAAAAAGACCCAUUCACAUCAUCUUGGUGGAGUCCAGUGGAGAUGUGGCUUUGUGUUGUUGGUUGGUUACAGUCCUGCUGAAAGGUUGAUUGAUUCCUGUGUCUCAAAUAGCUAACCGAAGCAGGGUUUCCUCUGGCAUUUCACAUAGCUCCAUCCCGUUACUUUUAAUCAUGAAAAACUUGUUUUGCCGAUGUUAGGUAUAACCAUUACUAUGACACAGCCAGUACCAUGCUUGGGCGAUUGGAUGUGUCUUAAAUAUAAGGCAUUCCAAUUAUGCCAUAAAUGUAUUCCUUUGGCAUGUUGUUGUUUUUUUGCAGUAUUACUUUAGUGCCUUGCAGGAUAUGAUUUUUGGGAAUAUUUGUUUUCUGUAUAUUUAUAUUCUUCAUUUCAUUUUGACUUUUUGUUGAGGUUAUUAUUGUGGAAUCACUAUGAUGUUGGUUUUUCAUCCUCUCAACGCUGUAGCUGUUUGAAAUCACCAAUGGCCUCAUAGGGACAUCCAUGAGUACUUUCCUUCCAGUCUUCCAGGUCAAUUCAUAAGGAUGACUAUCUCUGUUGUUGAAUCUCUGCCUGAAACUUUAUACUUGAAUCAGGGACCUUAUAGAUGUUGUAUUUAUUGGGGACAUAGGAAUUGGUAGUCUUUUAAAAUAAAUUAUGUCACCCUUAUUAUUUCAUAGACUGAUUCCAUGUACCUUACAAUGCAAAUUGUUCAGCCAAAUUUUACUCUUCAAGUAAUUUAGACUUGUAUAUACAUAUUUUUUAAUUAAGAAGUCAUAUUUGUGUAGGUAAUUUGCAAAAAAACAAAGAAUGAAAUCAAUUUAAAUCCUAUGUUAUAAUGCAACAAUAUGUGUAAAAAAGGGGGUGAGUACUUUUUAUACCCACUGUAUAAGCUGUACUGUUCAUGUGUAUUUCUACUGUUUAACCAUUGUAGUAAAGUACUUAAAUAUGCCUUUGAUGAUAACUGUCAACUGUACGUUACAUUGCUGUUUUGAGAGCAAGGUUACAGUGCAUCUUGAAGUCUGUGGAACUAUGCAAUGAUUAUAGUCGUAGCUCAGUCAGAGACCGUACAGAAAAUGAGACAGCUAACAUAUCAUCAUUACUUUUUUAUCCAGAUUGGCCAUCAUGGUCUGCUUAUAUAUCCUGCCCUGUGUGUGUGUGUGUGUGGGGGGGGGGGGGUUCUGGAGAAAAUGGGACUGUCCAGAUAAAAAUGUAAUGUCCUUUCUGUGCUGUCUUUGGCCCAGUUCUGUGCCUGUUUUACUCAGAAUAUAUUUGACACUAGGGUGAUCAUUUAUUAUGUUGUAAUGAUUAAUAAGAAAUGCCUAGCAGAAUGAUUUAUAUUGAAGUGAAGUGCCUUACAGGUUUUUCUGUUUUUUAUCUUGGAGGACUGUUGCAAGACACUGGUAGGUUGUUUUGUUGUUGUUUCUGGUGUUUGGUGCUUCAUGUAUGAAGUGUGGAGCUGCACGGUCCCCAAGGAAAGCAGUUGGAAAGGACCUUUUGUCAGGCUGAGUAGAAAACCAUGUUAUGUCUCUGACUACCACAUGGUCUCUAAAACUGGACUGGAAUAACAUUUCUCUCCAGGCCAUCCAUUUUGUUUGGAUGUUUUUAAGGCUAGAGUUCUGUUCCGUGGUCAGAAUCUUACUUGGAGGGGCUAUAAUCAAAACAUUGUUUUUACUGAAUUAUCAGCUUCUUUUUUAAGACCAAUAAUCUUUAUGAAUGUAACUCAGUGUUGACUGCCAAAAUGGGUUGCCAAAAUUGAAGUCUAAAAUAUGCAAAAGUUAAUUAACGUUUUUGAUGUUGAUGUUGUGUAUGGAUGUUUCUUUAUUUAUGGAGCAGUAACUUAAGAAUAAUGGCCACAGGUAAAGCAAAGCACAAACCCAAUGCACUUAAAGCCUCAUGUUUAAACUGAUCCCAGAUCUUGUGGGUUAUAUCUAGACACUGGCCUUUAGUUUUAUUAUUGCCCUUUUCCUAAACAUGGUUGCCCACUCCUGUUAAUAACACCACUAUGCAUCCCGUUUGGUGUUUCGAACAUAUAGCUUAAAUGCAUAGGGAUAACAUGUUCAUUGAAAGCAGUGUUGAAAGUUGAUUGACGCUUAUUAUUUGUAAAUACACAUUUACAUUUGGGUCCGCUUGUAACCGUGACACGGUUGGGGCAUACCACAGGAAGCAUUUCAGAUAGCAAAAUCUUUUAAAAACAUUUAACACACAUGGCUGUUUGUUCAAUUCGUUUUGUUCAUGUGGUUGAGGUUGAUCUGGCUCCCAGACACCUCUGCCAGUCCUCUGGAUCAACAAGUCAAACUUGGCCUCAGUUUGAAAAAGAAAUACAUGGAGAAAUUCCUGGCACACUGGCAUUGGCUUAAUUGACUUAAUAUAACAACCUUUCUCAGCACAUUCCCCCUAACCCUUCCAUGUAUGUGUUUUCAUUGUCUUGCUCGUAUUUGAAGCCACACCUAGAAGACAUAUGACUUGUUCAAAUUAAACAAUAGCAAAUACUCUGAAAUCGCUGUUACUUUCAUUUCAUUCUGUAUUCAUUCCCACUAAGGCCAAUUUUGAGUUGUUGAUAUCACAGCCUUGUAUGUGCUAAUAGGCUUAGAUAGACACUGCCUCUGCUGAGAUAGCUACUGUAAUCUGGUAAAUACUCUGCCAUGGGGAGUUUGAGGUAGUGAUAUUGAUACACUGGUUAUGAAUGCAUGAGUGAUGUCAAAUACAAGCUCAUUAAUUGAAGACUGAGUGUGGAAACAUUAAUGAUCUUAUGACAAACAUUAAAGUCAAUGAAAUAUAUUUA